AUAAUUGUAUAUGUGAUCGACCAUAUCUUCCCAACGAAACCGGCCGUGUCGUCCACUAAAAAAGAGGUGGGUAAGAAGGACAAGAAGAAGAAAUCUCAGAAGGAAGCGGAGCAUAAACUUGAUAAACACGAGAAAGCAAGCGACAAGAGCGAUUCCGAAUCCACCUCUAACAGUGAACGUGAGCUGAUCGACAUCGAAUGUGGAACUAAUAGACGAAACGGCGUUUUAUUUUCAGAGGAACCCGUGAAAGCGACAGACGACAAAGUGCGCCGCAGAGCUGCAAAGUCUUCUACCUCGUCCUCGCCUAAGCACGAAUGA